CUUUGUAACCUCAAUACCAUCCGCAAACAAACAGAAGAACACGGAAAAAAGGAAGUGUCGAGAGAGAGAGAGAGAGUAAAUAAAGUUAGGAUGAGAAUGAAUUUUCAAACCCUAAGGCUUAAGUCGUAGAGGAGGAGUUGGGGUUGGAGGUGGCGAAAGAGAUGGGGAAAAUAUUAGUGGUGGUGGAGGAUGUAGACGCAGCUCGAAUGGCGCUGCAAUGGGCUCUCCAGAACUUGCUCCGCUACGGUGACUCCAUCAUACUUCUUCACGUUUUCCCCCCCUCAAGAUCAAAAAGCAAGAAGAAACAGAGAGUUCUCCGAUUGAGAGGCUUUCAAUUGGCUCUCUCUUUCAAAGAUAUCUGCAACACGGUGCUUGAUGCGAAGGUGGAGAUUGUCGUCAGGGAAGGUGAUUUAGAGGGUCGGACGAUUGUGUCGACGGUGAGGGAGAUUGGAGCUUCGGCGUUGGUUGUCGGACUCCAUGAUCAGAGCUUUCUUUACAAGAUGGGCAUGGCCCACCGCAACAUAACAAGCAACCUCCUCAAUUGCAGAAUCCUUGCCAUUAAACAACCAUUAACUUCAUCAACGACGACGACUAGACCACCGACACCACUAAUUUCGACGGGUUUAGAAUUCUCCCAGAUCGAGAUUGCUAGAUUGUGUACUAGCGUCCCAACUCAAGCCCCACCGCAAAAGAUUCCGUACCAAAUUCUUCCAAGCCCUUUUCAUAUAAUUUGGAGAAGAUCAAGGAAGAGGAGAAAAGAAUGCAGUUGAAAAGUAGUAAGAGGUUCUCGGGCAUCCGGUCUAAUGCCCACAGUGCACAGAUUGAACCUAUAUAACAUCAUGGGCUGGGCCUGACUCGGGCCUAUCUAACUGUGUCCACAUGGGUAGAAAGACGUCAUUGUAAUGAGACAAAGUGGCCUGGGUUUUGACAUCAGAAGGGUGAUUUUAUUUAAGGUCCAGCCUUGUCACUUUCUUUGUACAUACAUGAAUCUGAUGCUUUAUAAAGUUCUAUUAUAAGUAACUUUUCGUUUUUC